UAGAUGGUGGGGGGCCCAGCUGGUGUGUUAUCAGCCUCCUCCAGGAGCAAGCCUGAGCCACUCAGCGGCUGCCAGCCUGAGAUUAGGCCCCGGAGGGUCAUUAAGCACCGCCCUGGCCCGGGCCCAGCCUCCUUUCCCUCCCUCAUCUGGCUAGGCUGGCAGGUGGGAACCGGCGAUAAGGACUGGGGGCUCUGGGGCCGGCAGCCCCAUGCCCCCUGCCCUCUGCCAGGGCAAGAACAUGGGGUGGGGGAAGGUCAGUGCCAGCGCGACACCCGCAAGGACCCCAGGGUUCCCACCAUCCUGGUCCUUCCACCAUGGAGAGGGGGCUAGGGAGCCUCCCAAAGAGGCCAAGGCAGGGAGAGGGUGGCCUGCCCUAGGAACCUGGCAGGACAGCGACGGCCAACUGCCACGGGCUCCUGCUGGGAAGCCUCACAGCCCCCUCCCACCCCUCAGAAGCAUCUGGUCCUUCUGGAGCGCAGGGUGGUUACCCUGUACCAUCAUCUCACCUGAAGCUGGCCGCCAUCGAGGAGUACCUUCCGUCUGUUCCUACCAGGAUUCCAUCUGCCUUGUUUCCAACGGUCAUGACUGUGUUCAUGGGCUCCCUAUGGAUGGGGCUCAUCAGUCGGGCUCCCUAGGUCCCUACCCUCUUUGUUCUCCCUCCUCCCCCUUGCCUAAUCAGACCUUUCUAGGCUCUGGUUCUCACGAGUCCAAGAGCAGUGGCUGGCCCUGGGCAGAAGCCCUUCUCUCCAGUAGGGGCCCUGCCAGUGGCCUGAUUCUGGCCCCACUCCAUGGGCCUUCCCACCCUUCUCCCUGCUCCAAGGUGGGGGUCUCAGGUCCCAGUCCAAGAUUUGCAAAAGAUGUAUCCAAGGCCUCACACUUUGUGCAAUUUUCCUUCUGGCCUCAGCUCAAGACCCAACAGGAUUUAGUGUCUGCCCAGAUUGCCACAAGGCUUUCCCCAGGGAAUUAGGUACAGACAUGGUCAACUUCCACUGAAGGCAGAGCUUGGAUCAGUUGAAAAAAAAAUAACAUUUCUGACAAAAAGUUCCUGGCCUCUUAUUCCAGUUUAAACCCAGUGACUGUGGCCUCUGCUCCUGCCUACCUGAAACUAUUCUUACGUGGGUCACGGGGACUCUUACUGCUGCUUGUCCUUCCUUGGACACCCCACAGGCACCUCAGACUUAGUAUGUCUCAAAUUAAACUCAGCAGUUGCCCAGAGAUCUGCCUCUCAUGCUCCGUCUCCGUGAGUGGUACUAUCUGAAGCCUGGACGCAUCCUUGUCCUUCCUCCUGCCCCCCGCCGUCCCCAUCCACCAACUUCUGGGGACCAGACCCCUAGACAGCCGUCAGACAUGGUGCCUCUCUAUCCCCUCUGCUCCCUCCAGAGUCCAGACUCUCUCCUGACCUCAUGCUCUCAGCCCCCCGCCCUGCCCUUCUCACCUGCAGACUGGCCCCUACCCCACGCAUGCCCCACGGAGCAGCCAGAGUGCCUGUGCUCAGGCCAACUCUCAUCCCAGGACCAGCGUACAAGCUCUCACCGGAUUCCUACUGCACGAAAGAUAAAGCCCACAGUUUGGGGUAUAGGCGUACGAGGGUCUGCCAGGCCCGGGCCCUGCCUACCUUGCCAAUCUAUCUCAGGCCUCCCAUCCUUCUCUCUACGCAUGACUGCUCGUGUUCCUGCAGUGGGCUGCACAGGGCCUUGGCUAGCGCCCUGGCACCAGGCCCCUCCGUGGGAGCUAUUGGCAGGUGCAGCCUUAUUCCAGGAUCGGCCAGCACAGAGUGGACUGGAUUUCAGCCCACCGCCCUCGACCUCAGUGUCCUGCACUUUGGACCCCUGGUGGCCUCGAUGCCCUCUUCCAUCAGCUGCAAUGCUCUUCCCGUGCUACUCUAUCCCGAGAGGCGCUCCUCUGCAUUCUUUAGGCUUCAGAAUAAACAUGCAAUUGGAAGCCUUCUUGGACUACCAUCCCCAGCCCCCCAGACCAGGGCAGGCCCAGCACUGCAGUCUGCUCUCCCUUUUACCAUUGGUACUUGCACUGGGAUCACUCCUUGUCUUCCGGUCUGGGAGCCUGAGAGUUCAGGGGUUGUGUCUGUCUGUCCAACUGCCCCCCUGUACCCCUGCACGUGGCACAGCACCUGACCCUGAAGAAAAAUGGAGCCUUUCUUCCCAGAGAUUUUCACAACCCCCAUCACAGGCUAAGCCAGUGUCCUGACUCUACAGAUAGAAACACUGAGACCUUGAGAAGAGAAGACAUUGUCCCCAAAGCUCGCAGAACCGUGGAGGCCAACAGAGCCGUGUCUGGGGGCCGGCGAGCCCGAGCGCCAGUCCUAGAGAACUUGGGCCUCAGUGUCACUUCUGCACAGUGACAGGACUGGACUCCGGGUCUCCGAGGCCCUCCUCACCACUACUAGAGCAGUAGCGGUGGUCCUGGGGCCUGCCCUGCCUGCCCAGCCCAGACCCCAGCCCCCCCACAGCACUCACGGCUCUUCCUGGCACCAGAAGUGGUUGACAGCAAAGGCAAUUGCGACCAGGACCAGGAACACAGCCACAGCGAUUAAGCCCUGCAUCCAGGGCUGCAGGUUCCCCAGGCCUGGAAAGAGGGGAGCAGGGAUGCUGCAGCAGGCUCGGCAGCAGUGGGGGCUGCAAGUGCAGAAUGGAAGAGGGGGGGAGGGGGAGAAGAGCAAGGGCUAGAGCCUGUGUCACAGGCCAUCAGCCUGCUGCCAGGACCAGAAGAGACAUUCUGAGGCAGCAGGGCUGGCAAGGAGGACCGACCUGACCCCAC